UUGAACUUUGUCUUAGGGUAAACACGAAGAGUUAUAACUGAGCACACGGACAUAAGGUCGAUAUUAAAAGCGAAAUGCAUGGCGCGAAUCAGUUGUUAAAUCGGUGAGCGCUAAUCGAAACGACCGAGGGGCUCUCGCGCGAGUAAAUGCGAUUUGACGUGGUUAUUGUUGUUAUAGCGGUAUUGUUAAAAACGUCGUAUCAUUGUUGAUAAGCUCGUUACAUUUUUCAACCCUUGCUUCUUUAGGGUCUUUUCGCCAUCAUCAUGAACUUCUUUUUGGAAACUCUUCAGCUGCUCGUCAUGUCUGUGGUCUACAGCUUAGAAACAUUCGUUCGGAUGUUUAUACCGGCUCGGAAGAAGAAUGUGUCCGGGGAGAUCGUGUUGUUGACCGGGGCGGGCAGCGGCAUCGGUCGCCUGAUGGCCCUUGAGUUCGGGCGCCUGGGCGCGCGCCUUGUGCUGUGGGACAUCAAUGAGGAGGGGAAUAAAGAGACCGCGCGCAUGAUUAAAGAAAUGCACGGAGCGCGAGCGUACACCUAUACCUGUGACUGUAGCGACAGGGAAGAAGUGUACAGAGUUGCAGACCAGGUGAAGCGUGAGAUUGGUGAUGUCACAAUUUUGAUAAAUAAUGCAGGAAUAGUUACUGGAAAGAAGUUCUUGGAAUCUCCUGAUGCGCUUAUAGAGAAGUCUAUGCAGGUCAACAUCAUGGCGCAUUUCUGGAUGUUCAAGGCGUUUCUCCCAGCAAUGAUUGCUGGCAACCACGGUCAUCUGGUCAGCAUCGCAAGCUCUGCUGGACUUAUUGGAGUCAAUGGGCUGGCAGAUUAUUGUGCGAGUAAGUUUGCAGCAGUUGGCUUUGCUGAGUCCAUGGCACUGGAGCUGCUGGCCAUUGGCUGUGAUGGAGUGAAGACCACCAUAGUCUGCCCCUUUUUUAUUAACACUGGCAUGUUUGACGGCGUAAACACAAAAUGGCCCAGACUCAUGCCUAUUCUAGAGCCAGAUUAUGCAUGUAGGAAAAUUGUUGAUGCUGUUUUAAGAGAACAGGUUCAUCUGUACAUGCCUUGGAGCAUCUACCUCGCAAUGGUUUUGAAGAAUUUGUUACCCACAAAAAUGGGCGUGCUGCUUGGUGAAUAUCUGGGAGCAUUCAACUUCAUGGCUGAGUUCAAAGGUCAUGGAGAAAAGAGCGACUGAUUUCCACCAAUAGAGGAGCUGAGAAACAACCAGUGGACUGCUUGAACAAAUCACAGACUGACAGGAAACAAACGUAAAGUGCUGCCAUGAGUACUGAAAGAGUAAGAUGAAUAGGCUUGUAUAAAACAAGCAUGAAAAUUUGAGUAGGCCUACUUUGUGCAUAGCUGUAACAUGCACUAUAACUGACUUUUGUGUAACAUUUUUGAAAAGCACUUACUCCAUAUUUUCAGCACACCGUUUGAACCAUUAAAUGAAAUCAGUUUCUGUUCUUGUGCCAUUUGCACUUAAUUUGCACCCAAGAAACACAUGGCACAGUCUAAUCUUAGACUUCCAUAAAUGUGAUUAUUCUGUGAUUGGUACACUGAAAAAAGUGGUAACCUAGAAUAGUUACCUUAAGCAUCUAUUCCUACUUGAUCUAACCCAUACAAAGUACUUUUGUUGGUGUAAUCUAAUUUGUCAGAUUAAAUAACAUUUUUGACCAGUUAAUUUAGAUGUUGCAACAUGAAGCACUUUUUUUUACAGUGUACAUCAGAUCUACUUCAUUUCUCAAACUGACAGCACAUGUGAUAUGUAGUCCUAUGUCGUUGGGUUUUUUUAAUAUCACCUUACCAGGACAGAAGUACCUUGUUUUUUAAUUGUCUUAUUUAAUUAAUUAAAUGACUAAUGGAUUGUAUAAAGGAAUGUUCAUUUUUCCCAAUGUGCAUUUUAAUUAUACAUAUUAUUAGGGCUCUUACUAAUAAAUUUAGUAAUAGUA